ACAUCUGCUACCAUGGUCCCUCCAUUUCCUUUCAUGAAUGGGACGCCACUCAGUCGGAGACUACCACUUUAAACCACCCUUUCCACACGCAUUUUCUACGCAUAUUUAUUUUAUUAAUCACCAUCCGAAAUUUACAACCUCAAUUAUAAUGUCUGUCUAUAUAAAAAAAUAAACACAACCACAUAGAUAUUGACGAAGCAAGAAGCAAGCAGGAAGAAGAAGGUCGAUUUCCAUGGGUUUCCUCUCUGAACAAGAAAUAAAGAAGAUGAAGGUGAAGAAAGGUUGGCUGGCAGUUGAGGUAGAAGAAGAAUCAGAAGAGGGUUGUGGCGAAGGCUCUCACAGGUUUAUGAUUCCAAUUUCGUAUCUUUAUCAUCCUCUCUUCAAGAACCUUCUGGAUAAAGCCUACGAGGUUUAUGGCUACCACACCCAAGGUCCUCUCAAGCUUCCAUGUUCAGUUGAUGAUUUUCUUCAUCUCCGAUGGAGAAUCCACAAAGAAGCCACCACCCACCAUCGCCAUAACCAUCUUCAUCACCAACCUCAUCGUCAACUUUCUAACUCCUUCUCUUUCCACUCUUGUUGAUUUCCUCUUUCUUCAACAAAUAAAACAAUCACACCGCUCUGUAAUUACACACUUGGAAGAGACAACUUGCACUGCAUGCUAAACUUUUUCUAUACUCCUAUGUUUUUCUCUCCUUUUCGUUUCUUUCUGUAUCGGAUAAUCAUACGCACGCCACGUGUGCUUCCUGUU